GAGCUCGCGAAAAUUAGGUCACAGGAGGAAAGCAGCCUUUUAGAGAAUCUUUGCGACACUGUCGCGUUUCGUUGGUUUCGUGCCGUAAAGACGGUCGCGGAGCAGUCCCCAGCCAAGGCAGAGGCGGACGUAAGCGAGAAUGGCGGAUAUGGAGGACCUCUUCGGGAGCGACGCCGACAGCGAUGCUGAGCAUAAAGAUUCCGAUUCUGGAUCAGACUCGGAUUCUGAUCAAGAGAAUGUUGCUUCUGGCAGUAAUGCCUCUGGAAGUGAAAGUGAUCAAGAUGAAAGAGGUGAUUCAGGAAAACCAAGUAAUAAGGAAUUGUUUGGAGAUGACAGUGAGGAUGAGGGAGCUUCUCAUCAUAGUGGGAGUGAUAAUCACUCUGAAAGGUCAGAAAACAGAUCAGAAACUUCUGAGCGUUCUGACCAUGAAGACAAUGACCCUUCAGAUAUAGAUCAGCAUAGUGGAUCAGAAGCCCAUAACGAUGACGAAGAUGAAGGUCAUAGAUCAGAUGGAGAGAGCCAUCACUCAGAAGCAGAAGGUUCUGAAAAAGCACAUUCAGAUGAUGAAAAAUGGGGCAGAGAAGAUAAAAGUGACCAGUCAGAUGAUGAAAAGAUACAAAAUUCUGAUGAUGAGGAAAGGGCACAAGGAUCUGAUGACGAUAAGCUUCAGAAUUCUGAUGACGAUGAGAAAAUGCAGAACACAGAUGACGAUGACCGGCCUCAGCUUUCAGACGAUGAGAGACAACAACUGUCUGAGGAGGAGGAGAAGGCUAAUUCUGAUGAUGAACGGCCAGCAGCUUCUGAUAAUGAUGAUGAGAAACAGAAUUCUGAUGAUGAUGAACGGCCACAGAUGUCUGAUGAGGAGAAAAUGCAAAAUUCUGAUGAUGAACGGCCACAGGCCUCAGACGAGGAACGCAGGCAUUCAGAUGAUGAAGAGGAACAGGACCAUAAGUCAGAAUCUGCAAGAGGCAGUGAUAGUGAAGAUGAAGUUUUACGAAUGAAACGCAAGAAUGCAAUUGCAUCUGAUUCAGAAGCAGAUAGUGACACUGAGGUACCAAAAGAUAAUAAUGGAACCAUGGAUCUAUUUGGAGGUGCAGAUGAUAUAUCUUCAGGAAGUGAUGGAGAAGAUAAACCACCUACUCCAGGACAGCCUGUCGAUGAAAAUGGAUUGCCUCAGGAUCAACAGGAGGAGGAGCCAAUUCCUGAGACCAGAAUAGAAGUAGAAAUACCCAAAGUAAACACUGAUUUAGGAAAUGACUUGUAUUUUGUUAAACUGCCCAACUUUCUCAGUGUAGAGCCCAGACCUUUUGAUCCUCAAUAUUAUGAAGAUGAAUUUGAAGAUGAGGAAAUGCUGGAUGAAGAAGGGCGAACCAGGUUAAAAUUAAAGGUAGAAAAUACUAUACGAUGGAGGAUACGCCGGGAUGAAGAAGGAAGUGAAAUUAAAGAAAGCAAUGCUCGGAUAGUCAAGUGGUCAGAUGGAAGCAUGUCUCUGCAUCUAGGCAAUGAAGUGUUUGAUGUUUACAAAGCUCCACUGCAGGGCGAUCACAACCAUCUUUUUAUAAGACAAGGUACUGGUCUACAGGGACAAGCCGUCUUUAAAACCAAACUCACAUUCAGGCCUCACUCGACAGACAGUGCCACCCAUAGAAAGAUGACCCUGUCACUUGCAGAUAGAUGUUCGAAGACACAGAAGAUAAGAAUAUUGCCAAUGGCCGGUCGUGAUCCUGAAUGUCAGCGCACAGAAAUGAUUAAGAAAGAAGAAGAACGUUUGCGGGCUUCUAUUCGUCGGGAAUCUCAGCAGCGCCGAAUGAGAGAGAAACAGCACCAGCGGGGCCUGAGUGCUAGUUACCUAGAACCUGAUCGGUAUGAUGAGGAAGAGGAAGGAGAGGAGUCCAUCAGCCUGGCUGCCAUCAAAAACCGAUACAAAGGCGGCAUUCGGGAGGAACGAGCCAGAAUCUAUUCAUCAGACAGUGAUGAAGGAUCAGAAGAAGAUAAAGCUCAAAGAUUACUCAAAGCAAAGAAACUCACCAGUGAUGAGGAAGGUGAACCUUCUGGAAAGCGAAAAGCAGAAGAUGAUGAUAAAUCAAAUAAAAAGCAUAAGAAGUAUGUGAUAAGUGAUGAAGAGGAAGAAGAUGAUGAUUGAAGUACAAAAUGUGAAAACAUUUUAUACAUUUUAUUGUACAGUUUGUUUUAUAAAUAUGAUGUAAACAUGAGUUAUUUUGAUUGAAGUGAAUUGAUUUGCUUUUGUGUAAUUUUAAUUGUAAUAAAAAAAAUUUAAAAAACAA